CUGCCGGCCGGGGACGGGCUCUCCGGGCCGGCCGCGGCCCGCUGCUCCUCCAUCGCCGCCUCUCAACGUGGCUCCGCGCUCAGUUGGCCUCCACUUUGCUCUGUGCUGUGGGAUCCAGAGGAGGAGGCUCUAGAACAUGGCCGUGCUCGCCGGGAGAUGCGGCUGCUGGCUGGGGGAACUCUCAGAGUGUGCGCCCCCCCCGGUGCGUCAUGGCCGGGUGAGCCUGGUGCCGCGCGCUGCUCCCUCACACCGAGGGCUUCUCCCCCUAUGACAGCCCCGCGUGCGCGCAGUCCUCACAUCACAGCUCCGCGAGAGCGCACGCUCACGCCCGCCAACCAGGAGGACCGGUACCGUAGCUGCAUUUCCCUGAUGAAGAAGGAGCUGAGGGGACUUGGGACUGAGAAGAAGAUGGCCCAGGUGUCACACACCCACUGCAACCCGCUGUUCGAGAUGUCGCUCAGCAGGAGUGAGCUGUACAGCCCCCAGCCGGAGGACCUGAAGCCAGCCAGAGCCAGAGCACAGUGGUGUCUGAAGUUAAUGAUCCUUUACAUCAUCUUACAGACAGCUCUCAACGCCUUUCUCAUUUAUGAAGUUUUCAAGUUAAAGUCGGUGCCGGCUCCACAGACUUCAGAGAGGCUGACGUCUGCCAACACUUCCCUGGACAAUAGCGGCCUCCAGUUUCUGAUCCACAACAGCAGCAGGGAGACCAGCAGCCUGAGGGGGCACCUGGGGGCCCUGCAGACUCAGGUGAGACAGCUGUGUGGAGAGGAGGGGCAGCUGGACAGGCUGAGGGCCGACCUGACCCUGCUGAACCUCAGCAGCCUCCACCUGCACAGCAAGCUAGCAAACAUCAGCCUCAAAACAGGACCCCCCGGUCGUCCAGGCACAGACGGGCUCCCCGGACUUCCAGGAGAACCUGGACAAAAAGGCAUCAAAGGAGACUCUGGGGCAGCUGGGCUUCCAGGACCAAAGGGGGAAAUGGGAGUCAAAGGACAACAAGGAGAGCCCGGCGCAGGUCCCAGGGGUCCUCCUGGAUAUCAAGGACCAUCGGGGGCAAAGGGAGAGAAAGGAGAUCCUGGGCUCUCAGGCGUUCCUGGUCCCAAAGGAGAAAAAGGAGAGCCGGGUCCGCUCGGACCUCCAGGUGAUCGAGGACUUCGGGGCUUCAAUGGAACUGCAGGACCUCCUGGACCACCAGGUGCCAAAGGAGAAAAGGGGGAGCUGGUAAAAGAGUCCACUGUGCGCCUCGUGCCUGGAAAAUACAAAGGAAGGAUAGAGGUCAAGUACAACAACGUCUGGGGCACCGUUUGUGAUGACAGCUUCGAUAGGCUGGACGGCAAAGUGAUCUGUAAGAUGCUGGGCUUCCAGUCCGUCGUCUCCACCUUCACCGCCAGCCCAGGAACUGGGCAGAUCUGGCUGGACGAGCUGAAGUGCACAGGAGCAGAAUCGGACGUCUUUGACUGUCCAAACAGUGGAGCUGGUACUCACAACUGCAAUCAUGAUGAAGACGCUGGAGUGCACUGUGUCUAGGCUGAACAGGAGGAAGAGCUGGGCUGGUCUGAUGUGUUUCACUGAUAUGUUUGAACACACACACACACACAGAGUUAAUCUUUCUGUUUCAUGAGAUUUCAAAGUAAUCUGUUUAGAUUGGACCCUGUUUCAUUUAUAAAAAAAUCACUGUUAGCUGGGUGCGGCUCCAUAUGGGGAAUGUUUCUGUAUCUGUGUCCUUUUUAAAGACAUUUUUUGGCUUU